UCUUGGUCUUACUCGUCACGAUGCCCACUGCUCUCAUGGAGUUACAUACGAGGGAGAAAUGGUACCUAGGAGAAGCCAUGUGUAAAGCCGUGCCUUUCAUCGAGAAUGCCGUAGCGGACGCCAGCGUUUUGACCAUCCUCGCCAUCAGCCUGGAGCGUUACUAUGCCAUCUGUCAUCCAUUUCGUGCCCAGUACAUGUGCACUCCGACAAGAUCAGUCAAAAUUCUUGCCGUCGUUUGGAUCAUCGCAGCAGCAGUCGCCAUUCCUUUUAUCUUCUACGCAGCUUUACGUUACGAAGAAUUUUACGACGGGACAAAGGCUCACGCUUGCUCAACAGCGUUCACUGAUCAAAAAGGCAGAGUUUAUAUUUUGUGUAGCACAGCAUUAUUUUUCGUCAUGCCGUUGAUUUUGCUAUCCCUACUUUACAGCAUUAUCAUAAAGCGGCUCGUUUACGACGCCAAAGCGUUGCUUGACGGCGACGUCAACAGUGCGUCUGCGCAAAAGACCAGACGACAGGUUGUUUACAUGCUCAUCUCCAUCAAAGUGCUUUUCUUCGUGUGCAUGCUGCCGUUUCGGGUGUUCAGUAUCUUUAUGAUUUACACCCCAAUGGACAAGCUAGCAGACUUAGGACUAGAGGGGUACUUGAAUAUUCUAUGUUUUUCCAGGAUAAUGUUUUAUAUGAACAGUGCGGGCAAUCCGAUCAUGUACAACGUCCUUAGUACGAAGUUUCGGAAUGCCUUCAAGAGGGCGCUCGGGUGUUCCAAAGACAGACGACUUGAGCGCCGCCUGACGUUGUCCACGUACUAUAGUGCCGCCCGACAGACCCCUAACCAUGAGUCCACGGGGGACACAGAAAGUACCAUGUGUCUAUGACAUAUGCUAUGCUGCCACCCUAGUUGUAUCAGACUCUAGCAAAAGAAAAAACACGGAUCGUCCUUCGGAAUUGCACCUAUUUAGAGGCAUUGAUGAUAUCAUACCAAUAAAAAGUGUUCAAGAUGAUAGGUGAAGGCCUUACAGUAUUUCACAACUUACUAUUUCUGCACCAAAUAAUCAGAAUCUGGAUGUAAGCAGGCCGCGUUGGAAUAGCCUUGUACGAGUGAACACAUUCCCGCCGGCAGGCUUGGAUCUUUUUCAACGUUUAUCCGGCACACCGGUCGGAGUAUAAUAUUAUCGAUGAUACUCAUAUAAAGAGCAAUGUCGUCAUCGUCAUAUCAUCAUCAUCAUCAUCAUCGUCAUCAUCGUUGUCAUCGUCAUCGUCAUUGGUCAUUUUCAUCUUCUUCGUCGUCGUCAUUUUCAUCGAUAAUCGUCAUCCUCAUCGUCAUUGUUGCCGUCAUCGUCUGGCCUCCAGCAGCAUCAUGGCUCUUUUACGAAUAAGAGCAGCAAAGAUCCAUCUUCACAUCAAGUCAAGAUUUUCUUUUUCAGUUCAAUGUUUCUCCAAAUGUCUCUUUAAAUUUCGACAACAUUUAAAUUUUCAUUAUCAUUUACAUUAUCCUUUACAUUUUUAUCGUUCAUAUUUUCAUUAUUGACAUUUUCAUUAUCUGUUUACAUUUUACAUUUCCAUUAUCAAUCAGAUUGUCAUUAUCAAUUACAUUUUCAUCCUCUUUUACAUAUACAUUGUCAGCAUCAUUUAGUACAUUCUCAUUUUCCAGUUCAUCCCCACCAUAAUUUUACCUAUCUAUCUGAAAUAUUUUGUCUUAUAAAACAGUUCAUGAGAUACGAUGCUGGGUCCCAUUGUUUAGAUCGUCUUUUGACAUUGAGAUUGUUAAAUUAGGUGUGGCAGCCCCCUUGUACUCAUAGAGGCUGAGUAGUUAUCAAAACUGUUUUGUGCCUCGUUCGAGACCGACAGAGGUCAAUACUAAAUCUAUGUAUA